AUGAGCUCAAUAGGUGGUGCAAGUAUUGGCGCAGGUCUUUACGCCGCGGUGAGCAAUCCGGCACAGAUUGCUGCUAAGCCUGAGGAAGCGGACGAAAAGAGACAUCAUUUGAAGGGUGGGAAGGGGUUUACGAACCCAUGGGAUAGCUAUGUUGAAUCGAGUGCUUGGGAGUUGCUGAUCAAGGGCAUGCUUUGGCGCAAAAUCACAGGUCAAGCCAAUAACCCAGACACAACGCCGCCCACGGUCCCAGUCCGCACACCAGAAUUCCUUCCCUCACGAGAAACGCCAAAACUACGUGCAACAUGGCUUGGUCAUGCAUGCUACUACAUCGAAUUUCCGAGCGGCUUCCGCGUCCUUUUUGAUCCUGUCUUCGAAGACUGUUGCGCACCCUUCACCACGAAGAGCCUCAAACGCUACACACCUCCUCCCUGCGAAGUUGAAGACUUACCAAUAGUCGAUGCAGUAGUCAUAAGCCACAACCACUAUGAUCACCUGAGCUACCCAACGAUCCAGCGCCUGCAAAAGAAGUUCCCUGAGGCGCAUUUCUUCGCCCCGUUGGGAAACAAGAAGUGGUUUGAGAAGAGCGGAGUUACACAAGUCACGGAGUUGGAUUGGUGGGAGAGUAGGGAUGUGAAAUUGGAGGAGUUUUCACAAAAGGGUGAGAGGGCAGGUUCUGUUUCUGUGGGUCGGGCAGACGCGGGGAAGAAUGGUGAAAUAAAGGCGACGAUUGGUGCGCUGCCUUGCCAGCAUAUCAGUGCGAGGACGCCAUUUGACAAGGCCAAGACGCUUUGGGCGAGUUGGAGUGUGGAAUCUGGGGGUGCAAAGGUGUACUUUGCUGGCGACACAGGCUACCGCACAGUUCCGUCUAGCAUUCCCGCUACUGAAGACGACUACUCUGCUGCCUACUCUCACCUGCCCAUAUGCCCGGCGUUUUCUCAAAUCGGUCAACAUCGUGGCCCUUUCGACCUUGGUCUGAUCCCCAUUGGCGCCUAUGAACCUCGCUGGAUGUUCAGCAAUGUACAUGCUAGUCCCAAAGACGCGGUUAACAUUUUCGCGGACACGAAAUGUAAGAGAGCGCUGGGAAUGCAUUGGGGUACGUGGGUAUUGACCGAGGAGGAGGUCAUGGCACCACCGAAGGAAUUGCAGGAGGCUUGUAAAUGGAAGGGCAUAAAAGGGGGCAAAGAAGGCUUCGGAGUUUGCGAUAUUGGAGAGAGCACUGAGUUUGAGUCUGGAGAGGAGGUGAGGAAGUAA